AUGAGCGAGUCCAAUUCGACGUCUUCGGAACCUCUGGACCUUAUCAGGCUGUGUUUAGACGAGCAAGUCUUUGUGAAACUUAGAGGAAGCAGGGAAAUGGUGGGGAGGUUACACGUAAAGACUAUUUUCUACACCGAGCAAGACUCGCCGGAGAUCAAGUCCAGAACCAAGAAAAGCGAUAUGGUGUUCAUUAGAGGCGAUUCGGUGAUACUUGUCUCCGACGCUGCCAACGUGUAA